GAUUGGUAAAAAUGAGAGAAGAAGAAAAAUUAGCUUUUGAAGUUUAUACCUUCCUUGAUGAAAAAUGGGAUCAUCAGGUAUUCAAAAACAUUAAACAAAGUGAAGCUAGACAUGGAGAUUUGCUCAAAGGCGUGCUCGAUCAUUUCGGCAUCAAAGAUCCGUAUAUUGCUACUAAUGGCCAAUAUGCCAAUGCAGACAUGCAGAAACUUUAUCAGGAAUUGACCACCAAAGGUAGCCUAUCACUUAAAGAUGCUUUUACAGUAGGUGCCAUCAUAGAAGACAUGGAUAUUGCAGAUUUGGAUAUGCUAAUGGCCGCCACCACAAACAAAGAUUUACUCGGCGUCUAUGACAAUCUUAACUGUGGCUCACGUAAUCAUAUGAGAGCUUUCAGUAGACAAUUGGGCAAUAUGGAUGUGGUUUAUACACCGACUUACAUCAAUAAAGAUAGAUAUAUGGCCAUCAUCAACGGCGACCAUGAAGAAGGAAAUAAUAGCAUCGAAAGUCUUUUGACCGAACAAGAAAAAUCAGACCUUAUCUUCUUACGUCAAGAAGAAAAACUUGCCCACGAUGUGUAUGUUUAUGCUUAUCAAAAGUAUGGACACUUCGUAUUCAAUAAUAUUUCUAACAGCGAACAAACCCACAUCGACAAUAUGACUGGUUUGCUAAUUAAAUAUAAUGUAGUAGAUCCUGCAGCAGGUUUAGCAAAUGGUGUUUUUGCGGACAAUGAUUUGCAAGCACUUUAUAACCAACUCAUUACAAAAGUAGAUAUUUCAUUGAUAGACGCCUUGGAAGUGGGUGCAACCAUUGAAGAUUUGGACAUCAGCGAUAUCCAAAGAUUUUAUGCCAACACGACCAAAUCAGAUAUCCUUCGCGUUUACGAUGUACUUACUUGUGGAUCUAGAAAUCACUUAAGAGGAUUCACUGGUCAACUCAAACCUUUAGAUGUCACCUAUAGUCCUCAGUUCUUAUCAGCAAGUGACUAUCAAAACAUCAUCAAUGGCAGCCACGAAAACUGUGGAAAA